UAUAUUCUAUUCUACUGCACUGCAUAUCGACCCUGCACUGCACAAGCACAACCCAUUGCCGCUGAUUGCUCUCCUCCCGCCGGAUUGGGUCAUAUUCCUGCCGCCAUCCACCCAUUGCUCUUGCUGUGGCUGUUCAUUCGUCGGUCUGAAUCCAUCGAAAAAAACUCGCAGCCACCACAUGCCAACAUGAGUGCGUGCGUGUGUAUGAUAUCUUUAUUAUUGCUCUCUAGGUCUCCACUUUGUUCGUCGCCGAUUCGCCGGAGCCCAAGAGGGUGGUCGCCGCUGUGCGGUCUGAGGUGAAGGAGAUCAGUGCCUGCCUGCGCCUUUUAUGGAUGUGGUGCUGUAGCCCUGUAGUAGAGACUAGAGAGAGGUCGAUCUAUCGUGUCAUCCAUCUCCGACCACAACCACCGUUGUUACCUGGUAGUUGCAUUGAGUGGCUUUGUUAUAGCUACUACUCGUAGCCUUAGGCCCCCCCGGUUCGAUCGAUCGGUCCACGGCCGGCUAGCUGCGAUGUGCUCUUGUCUGGUGAAGAAAUAUGCAAGUGCUUCCUCCGCAGUUCUGCGCAUCUGUGUGUUCUUCUAACUGUCUGAAUUCCCAGCCUAGUGAGUGAUCUGAGGUGAGGAGCUCAGGCUGAAAGAAGAAUCUAGUGAAAGUGGAAGGAUCGAUUCACCGAUCCUGAAGAUGCUGCCCUACUUUGAUCCGGACUACGACAACUUCAACCAGCGCAUCAACCCUCCAAGGGUUUGCAUUGACAACACCACAUGCACCGACUGCACCUUGGUGAAGGUUGACAGCAUGAACAAGAAUGGCAUUCUGCUGGAGGUGCUGCAGGUCCUGAGUGAUCUGGACCUCCACAUCUUCAAAGCCUACAUCACCUCUGAUGGUGGAUGGUUCAUGGAUGUGUUCCAUGUCGUGGAUAAGCAAGGGCAGAAGAUUACUGAUGACAAGACCAUCAAGUACAUCGAGAAGGCUUUGGGUCCAGAGAGCAAUUUGCUGUGCCCAAAAGCCAGCAACAAGCAGGGGAGGUCUGUGGGGCUGCACUCCAUCGGCGACCACACCGCCAUCGAGCUCAAGGGGCCCGACAGGACGGGCCUCCUCUCGGAGAUCUUCGCCGUGCUCGCCGACCUCCAGUGCAACGUGCUGGCGGCCGAGGUGUGGACGCACCGCAUGCGCGUGGCCUGCGUCGUGUACGUGAACGACGUGGCCACGGGGCUGGCCAUCGACGACCCGGGCCGCGUGUCCCGGAUCGAGAACCGGCUGCGCCACGUGCUCCGCGGCUACGGCGGCGGCGGCGGGGGCAACGACGACGACGACGGCAGCGGCGCGCACGCCAACUUCACGGACGCCUCCUCGACGCCGCACCACCUGGACCGGCGGCUGCACCAGCUCAUGCACGCCGACGUGGACGUCGCGCCCGCGGCGGCUCUGGCGGCCGGUGGACAGGGCGACAGGCCGGAGGUGACGGUGGAGCACUGCGAGGAGAAGUCCUACUCCGUGGUGAACGUCAAGUGCAGGGACCGGUCCAAGCUGCUCUUCGACAUCGUGUGCACGCUCACGGACAUGGAGUACGUCGUGUUCCAUGCCGCCGUGUCGUCCGAAGCCAACUACGGCAUCCAGGAGCUGUACAUCCGCCGCAAGGACGGCAAAACGCUUCUGAAAGACGAAGCAGAGAAGGUGAUCAGGAGCCUGGAAGCAGCCAUCUCCAGAAGAGUAUCCGAGGGCUUCACGCUGGAGGUGCGCGGCAGGGACAGGGUGGGCUUGCUGUCGGACGUGACGAGGGUGCUCCGGGAGCACGGGCUCACGGUGAGCCGCGCCGACGUGACGACGGAGGGAGGGCAGGCCACCAACGUCUUCUACGUCCGGGACCCCUCGGGCCAGCCGGUGGACAUGAAGACCGUCGAGGGGCUCCGGGGUCAGUUUGGCCAGACCGCCAUGCUCAACGUCAAGAAGGUGAGUGUGCCUGCUGCGGCGGUGGCCAGAGCGCCCGAGCCGAGAUCCAGCGGCGGCAUUGUCAGGAACAGCUUCUUCUCCUUCGGCAGCCUCUUCGCGAAACUCCGGGCCUGACAUGCUGGGUGGUCAGGCGAUUCAACUCCCAUUGUGUGUAGCUGGUGUAGAAGUAAUGACCUGGAGAACUAGGGUAGUGGGCUAGUGGGGUGGGACUUGGAAGGGGGAGAUAGAGAGAGACAGCAAGUGUAUCUCUAUGUGGCAGCUGUGGUGGUUGUACAGUUCAUAAGGAGCCUCAACCAGAAUGGUGGUUUUCUGUGGAUGCAGACUGCUUGUUAAGGGUUCAUCCCAUCUGUGCAAAAUUUCAUCCAACAUGCUCAUCUGUUGAAACUGUCUC